AUGAAUACGACCCUCCAUUUUGCAGGGCCAGCAUUCAAUCUGUUCCUGAGGCUGUGCGACUUCCAGCUGGGGCCGUUUGUGGUGAACAACUACACCUCUCCCGGGAUCUUCAUGUGUCUGAUGUGGAUCCUGCUCCAGUUUGUGGUGCUGGCCCUGUACUGGGACAUACCACCUAUCAGCUCCGGAGAGGGGGGUAUCGCUGUGGGAGAGAUCGAAGAGGAGGUGCCGCUGGUAAGGGCAGAGGAGACACCGGAGACCUACGGCACUGUCUGGGACGACCAGAUAGAGACAACCCUUUCCACAGAGAUCCACCCUUUCCAGGACCCUUCACAGUGCCCUCCCUCGCCACCUUCCUCUACCUCUUCCUCGUCCCCUCCUUCGACUAUCUCAAACCCCCUCACAAUUUUCAGUGCUAGUCGAGUAGAGUUUCUGAGGGAGGAGGUGGUGGUGCUCCUCACUGCUCAGUUCAUCACCCUCUUCAACCAGACAGCACUGGAGACCAUGGUGACACCUCUGACCCAGCGCUCCUUUGGCUUCGGAGAGCUUGCCAACAGCCUGAUGUACAGCCUGUGUGGCGUUGAGGUGAUCCUGGGCUUCUUUUUGGUGCGCUGGCUGAGUCGCCAGGUGGAAGACCGCGUGGUGCUGGCCGUGGGGUUGGUCAUCUGCAGUGUAGCCUGCGUCUGGUGCCUCAUCUUCCUGGCCAACCCCCACGGUGGGUACUCCUGGGAAUUGGCAACGUUCAUCAUCGGAGUGUUCCUGCAGCUGCUCGGGCUUCCCUUCGUGGCCGUGUCCCAGGUGUCCCUCUUCUCCAAAGUCACUGCAGAGAAAACACAAGGGUUCAGUCAAGGCGUGAGGCGCUCUGUUGGGGGGCUGGCUACUAUCCUGGGGCCUCUCUGGGCUGGAGGACUAACCGGUAACUUGUACCUGAUGCUUGGAAUGAUGCUGGCUCUUCUCCUCAUGAUCACAGUGAUGCUGAUACUAUCCUAUGAUCGCCUUGUUGAACCCAAAGUAGUGCAGCACGCCCAGAGCUCAGACAAUGGAGAAUAGACAAGGGUCAUGUUCAGUAGGGAGAAAAUGUUUUGAAAUGGGGAGGCAAUGACCUGAACUUGUCCAAUUAGAACACAGCUUCUGGGUUUCCGUUGCAACACAUUUUGCUACGGUAUGCACUACUGAACACGUCCCUGCUGUCAACUUGAAUGACAACUGAAGCCCUAAUAAAGGUCAAAGGUGAGGUGAUGUGACACAUACAGUAUGUCUUCCAACUACUAUGAGAAGGUCAAUGAAUUCACAUUACAAUAAAGGUGGUGUGUGUCUAAACUCUGCAAUGCAGAAGAGAUCCAACCAAUGACCUAUAGGCUUAUGCAACCCACUUUAAAGCUCUGUGGAGUCUAUUUUACGUUCACACUUUAUUUGGAUAGUCCAGUCAUACUAUCUGUUGAUAAGCAACUUUAAAAUAAAACAAAUAUUUAACCUUUAUUUAACCAGGUAGGCUAGUUGAGAACAAGUUCUCAUUUACAACUGUGACCUGGCCAAGAUAAAGCAAAGCAGUUCGACACAUACAACAACACAG